CUUGGGAACCUGAAAAUGCUCAAGAAAAUCACUUUCUUUUUCUCUCACUCCAAACAGGUAUUUCCCUUCAUCUCAACCCACUCAUAUACCCGCCAACUAACCUCCUCUUCCUACCCGCCAAACCCACCAAGUUUAAAUACUUUAAUCUCUAGCGGUAACCUUAAUUAUGCCUUGUUAGAGAUGGCACUACAAGGAUGUGAAAUGGGGUUCAGAGACUAUGACACAAUUUUAAACGAGUGCGUGAGCAAAAGGGCCUUUAGAGAAGGCCAAAGAGUUCAUGCCCACAUGAUCAAAACCAAUUAUCAAUCGCCUGUGUAUUUGAGAACAAGGUUGAUUGUGUUCUAUACGAAGUGUGAGCGUUUGGAGGAUGCGAGGCGUGUGCUCGACGAAAUGCCCGAGAGGAAUGUGGUUUCUUGGACGGCAAUGAUCUCGGGGUAUUCUAAGAGAGGGUAUGACUCACAAGCUCUGAACCUUUUUGUACAGAUGUUAAGAUCAGGUACCGCACCAAAUACAUUUACUUUUGCAACUGUGCUUACCUCUUGCACGGGCGCUUUUGGGUUUGAUCAUGGAAGCCAAAUCCACUCUCUAAUAGUAAAGUGCCUAUUUGAAUCACAUAUAUAUGUUGGUAGCUCACUCCUUGACAUGUAUGCCAAAGCUGGUAAAAUCCAUGAAUCUCGAGGUGUUUUUGAAGGCUUGCCAGAAAGGGAUGUUGUUUCUUGCACUGCCAUAAUCUCGGGGUAUGCUCAACUAGGUCUUGAUGAAGAGGCAUUAGGGCUAUUCCGGAGGUUGCAGAGGGAAGGAAUGACUUAUAAUUAUGUUACUUAUGCCAGUAUUCUGACUGCAUUGUCUGGGCUUGCUGCAUUUGAACAUGGCAGGCAAGUUCACAACUAUGUUCUUCGGUAUGAAGUACCCUCCUAUGUGGUUCUUCAGAAUUCUCUAAUUGAUAUGUACUCAAAAUGUGGAAACCUCACUUACUCGAGAAGAAUCUUUGAUACCAUGUCUGAGAGAACUGUUAUUUCAUGGAAUGCAAUGCUCGUGGGGUACAGUAAACAUGGAAAGGGAAGAAAGGUCUUUGAACUUUUCGAGUUGAUGAAGGAAGAAAAUAAAGUUAGACCUGAUAGCAUCACUCUUUUGGCUGUAUUAUCUGGUUGCAGCCAUGGAGGAUUGGAGAAUAGAGGGCUGGAAAUUUUUGAUGAGAUGAUGGGCAGAAUUGAUGGGGUUGAACCAACAAUUGAGCAUUACGGAUGCAUUGUUGAUCUGCUUGGUCGUGCUGGCCAAGUGGAAAAAGCUUUGGAAUUUAUCAAACAGAUGCCUUUUGAACCAACUGUGGCCAUCUGGGGUUCGCUUUUAGGUGCUUGUAGGGUUCACUUGAAUGUUGAUAUUGGGGAAUUUGUAGGUACUCAGCUUUUAGAAAUAGAGCCUGAGAAUGCAGGGAACUACGUGAUUCUUUCUAAUUUAUAUGCAGCUGCGGGGAAAUGGGAGGAUGUGCAAAGGAUAAGGGAGAUGAUGAAGGAGAAGGCUGUAAUAAAGGAGCCAGGAAGGAGCUGGACUGAGCUUGAUCAAACCCUUCAUACAUUUUAUGCAAGUGAUCGAACACAUCCAAGAAACGAAGAGGUAUUUGGAAAGGUAAGAGACUUGUCAGCAAGGUUCAAGGAAGCUGGUUAUGUCCCUGAUUUGAGUUGUGUUUUAUAUGAUUUGGACGAGGAGCAGAAGGAAAGAAUUCUCCUUGGCCACAGUGAAAAACUUGCUUUAGCUUUCGGGUUGAUUAAUACUCCUGAAGGAAAGCCUAUCCGUGUCAUGAAAAACCUCCGCAUCUGUAUUGAUUGUCAUAAUUUUGCCAAGUUUGUUUCAAUGGUUUAUGAAAGAGAAGUAUCUUUAAGGGACAAAAGUCGAUUUCACCAUAUUAUCAGGGGUGUCUGUUCAUGUGGAGACUACUGGUGA